AUGGCGUACCAGAUAGGAACCGAUACGAACUUCAAGGAUAUUUACGUUGAGGAAAAGACGCCGGCGCAAAUUCGUUUCGAAAAUGCUUGCAAGAAGAUAUUUGUUAAUCAGUGCGGAGUAACUGCGUUAAUUGACUCUGGUAGUGAAUUGAACUUAAUGUGUACCGAACUUUACGCUCAGCUCGGGUCUCCACAGGGUAUGAAAACCGCCACAAACCUUGUAGGUUUAGGAGGCAGUAUUGUGUCAACAGAAAAGUUCAAAGCUAGUGUAUUGUUAGACGGACACGAGUACGAGGUAACAUUUUAUGUUGUUCCAAGACAUGCUAUGCCUUAUAGUGUUAUAUUGGGUCAAGAGUUUCUUAAAGAUGUUUUUACGAUCAUGUCCAACGGUUCUAUUCUGAUAGCUCCAAACAUGAACAAGUGGUUGUCAAAGAUUUCGUGUGUUGUUAGUCAUAAGGAAUAUGUUCUAGGUAACAUCAUGAAUAAGCAGGUGCAACAAGAAGUCAUUGAAUGUGUCAAGAGUUAUAACCCCGUGCAAAUUAAGGAGGCACCGAUUGAAUUACGCAUAGUACUUAAAGAUGACAUCCCAAUAGCCCAGCGACCGAGACGCAUUUCGUUGGCAGAGCAGCAACUUGUUGAGAAACAGGUAGCCGAGUGGUUGAAAGACGGCAUAAUACGUGCAUUGCAACGCUUGAAGCAAGUGCUAGCUGUUGCAUCAGAGUAUGGUCUACAAAUCAAUUGGAAGAAGGCCCAACUACUGUGUCGAAGAAUAGAGUACCUAGGUCAUGUUAUAGAAGACGGGAAAGUGCAACCUUCCUCGGAGAAGACAGACGCUGUAACCAGGUACCCAGAACCUAAGACUUUAAAGCAACUUCAUAGUUUUAUAGGACUAACGUCAUACUUUCGAAAAUAUAUCAAAGAUUAUGCUUUAAUAGCCAAGCCGUUAACAGAUUUACUGAGAAAAGACUCACAGUUUGAAUUUAAUGAUACACAUAGAUGUGCAUUUAACAUUCUAAAGAAAGCAUUAGCCAGUAGUCCUGUGUUACGAAUUUACGAUCCACAGUUACAAACAGAAUUGCAUACAGACGCCUCUGCAAUAGCAUAUAGUGCUAUAUUGCUCCAGAAAGAUUACUCAGGUGAGUUACAUCCUGUACAUUACUACAGUAGGAAGACCAGUGAUGCUGAGAAGAAGUAUAGCAGCUAUGAGCUGGAAGCAUUAGCUGUGAUUGAGGGAGUUAAGAAAUUUAGGCACUAUUUAUUUGGUAAUCAUUUUAAAAUUGUAACAGAUUGUCAAGCUUUCCAGAAAACUUUAAAUAAGAAGGAUUUAUCAACUAGAGUAGCCAGAUGGGUGAUGCUGUUAGAAGAGUAUGAUUAUGUCAUAGAGCAUCGACCAGGAAGUAAAAUGCAACAUGCAGAUGCUUUAAGCAGGAAUCCUUUUAUUGGUACUAUUGAGUUGAGUCUACAUGAACAGGUCAAGCAAGCACAAUUAUUAGAUGAUGGUUUGAAGGCGAUUAUAGAAAUUUUAAAACUACAGCCAUUUGAAGACUACUCUUACAGUGAUGGUUUACUGUACAAAGGACAAGAAAGAAGUAUUGACAAAGACAGUAUACCUUUGCAUACUAUACACUGUGAUCAUAUUGGACCUCUUUCAGAGACAAGGAAAAUGUACAAUUACAUCUUAACAGUAGUAGACGCAUUCACCAAGUUUGUGUGGUUAUUUCCAGUGAAAAGCACCACAAAUAGAGGUACUGCAUUUACCAGCAAAGACUUUAAGGAAUAUUGUGAUAAGGAGCAUAUUCAACACAUCACAAUCACCACAGGCGUGCCAAGAGGGAAUGGACAGGUGGAGCGUAUCCAUAGAAUCAUCAUAUCAGUCUUAACGAAACUGUGCAUCGAAGAACCAUCUCAUUGGUAUAAGCAGGUCAGUCGAGUGCAGAGAGCACUGAAUAGCACAUAUCAGAGAAGCAUUGAUACCACUCCAUUUGAGCUAAUGGUUGGCACGAAAAUGAAGACAAAGGAAGAUUUACACAUUUAUGAAUUAAUCCAGAAUGAACAGAGAAAUAAUUUUAUAGAAGAAAGAGAAAACUUAAAGAUUAAGGCGAAAGAACAAAUACAAAGAGUACAGGACGAAAAUUGCAGGACUUAUAAUAGAAAAAGGAAGGAAAGUACAAAAUAUGCUGUAGGAGAUAUUGUAGCUAUAAGGAGGACGCAAUUUGGGCCUUGUCUGAAGCUCAAGCCUAAAUAUUUGGGUCCAUAUCGAGUGACGAAGGUCAAAAGAAAUGAUCGUUAUGAUCUUGAGAAGAUAGAUCAUAUGACAGAUGGUCCUCGUUUGACAUCCUCAUCUGCUGACUAUAUGAAGCCAUGGCCAUUGUCCAGUGAUAUUGUUGAGCUAGGUGAGUAG